CGCUACAUCUGCACCACGUGCGCCAAGGCCUUCUCCCGCCCGUCGAGCCUCAAAAUCCACUCGCACUCCCACACGGGCGAGAAGCCGUUCAAGUGCUCGCAUGCCGGGUGCACCAAGGCUUUUAGCGUGCGGAGUAAUAUGAAGCGGCACGAGAGGGGGUGUCAUCGCAGCCCACGGGGGUUUGUGCCGAGUAGUAUGCGCGGGGCGGCGGGCGGGGAGGAGUAG